ACGGAUUUCUCUUCCAAAAGUAUGUCUUCUUUCCAUUUCGGAGUAUCAGGACAAUUUAGAGCUUCAAGGAUUAAUAUUCCUCAUAAUGCUUGGAAUUUCUUUUGUGAAGCAAUCUUAAGCAAUGAAGAUGGUAAUGUUUCUUCUUCUUGUGAAAAGAACAGUCGUGAAAAAUUCCCUAUUAUUGAGUUUGCUUCAAGAAAAGGUGAAUUUGGACUAAUCAGGUUGUUUGCUGACGAACUUUGAGUCUUUUUUGAACCUCUUCGUGAACUAGAAAAGUGAAACACUUGUCAACAACUUGUUUGAUAUCCUUCUAGUCCUUAUACAUAGACUGUAAUAUGUUGAAACAAAUAAAGAGCAAUAUUAUUCGAUCCAAUAUUCCACUAGCUUUAUGUCCUACUUGUAAGAGAUCAUCGCUGUUAGAGAAACAACCUACCUUUGUAGUGCAAGUACUCUGAAUAUAACUAACAGGUAUAAAGUAUUUUAUGGUGCAACAAUCAGAAUAGUUGACUCGUGUACAAGAGUACAAGUUGUGUUGUGAUCCAACAACUCUGUUGAACUAGAAAGUUACUUUUACAAAUUGCGUACAUAAAUACUUUUCUAUAACUAUAACACCAAAUGAUCAACUUUAUUUCAUUUCUCUGGAAAAAAAUGAAAACAGGAGGAGAAAGCGUAAAUCAAUUUUUUUGUUCAAUCAAUAAUCAAAGCACAUGGCUGGGUAAUUUGUUAUGUUCUUAACGCUGUUGGUAGCUUUUCAUAGUUCAACAAAGCAAAUUUUCUAAAAAAAUCAGGUCGAACAGUAGUUGCACCUGUUUGAACAAGAAGCCUCGGAUUCGAUGUUUUG